CUCAGUCCCAGUCUCAGUCUCAGUUUCGGUUUUGGUUUUGAUCCCGGUGCUGGUGGAUUCUUGUCCUGGGCCUUCGGUCGGUCGAUCGCGCGGAGCGACCGUGCCCGGAAUGAAACAGGCCUUUUUUUUUUCCUCCUUGACCCGGGUCAUGUCCGUCCAUCUCGCUGGCGCUGUCCAUCCGACGCUGGUCCUGCAUUAGCCAUCUGCCUCCAAUAGCCGACAGUCCUUCCACCCAUGGCUUCAGAGCUCAGAGGCCCCACCAACUUUGCCGACGACGGCAGUUCCGUGAUUGAGCGGUCUGUCGAGGCGUCGUCGCUGGCUCCCCAUGCCGACGACUGGCAGAGCUACUAUGACGUCGGCCGCACCGUCGCAAUCAUCCAGGAGCGGGGCUAUCGCAAUAUCGCCCUCCAGUUUCCAGACGAGCUUCUGCAGGACGCCGACCAUGUUGCGUCAUACCUCAAAGAGCACAGCCACCAACACAUCUACAUCCUCGCCGACACAUCAUAUGGGAGCUGCUGCGUCGACGAAGUUGCCGCUCAACACGCCAGCGCCGAUUUCAUCGUCCACUACGGCCGUGCUUGCCUGAGUCCCACCUCUCGGAUUCCGGUUCAGUAUGUCUUUGGAAAGGAACCCGUUGAAGCCGACCACUGCGUCGCCGAGCUCCGCAAACACAUCCCGGAUACGUCGCAGCCGAUUAUCAUGAUGUGCGAUGUCGUCUAUCACCACGCCUUUGAAGCCAUCGUCGCUCGUGUCCGAGAUUUGGGGUUCUCUCAAGUUUUUGCCGAAACCAUUCGGACCGAGCUGAAUCUAAGCACUCCCACCGCAGACGCCGUCAGCGCUGCAGAGUCCCACUCGAGCAGGUGCAAGCCAAGCACAGAGGCUUGCUGCGGUGCUCGAACAGCAGGUCUCGACGAUUCCAGCGCAUGUGCUGGUGCCGGCGCUUGCUGCCAACCAUGCAGGCCAGGUGCCACUGUCGAAUCAGCGAUCGAUGUAUCAAAGCCGCGACAGUACACCUUGCCGGACUCGAUCGCCAAGGAAGACUGCAUCCUCUUCUACGUUGGUGGUGAAAGCCUGGCGCUCACCAACAUCAUGAUGACACACAACUCGAACAGCACCAUCACAUACAACCCAGCAACUCGGGUCUGCCGCCACGAGACCGCAGCCGUCAACCGCAUGCUCAUGAAGCGCUAUUACAUGGUGCAGAAAGCCAAGGACGCCGGCAUUAUCGGCAUCGUGGUUGGGACUCUUGGUGUGGUGUCGUACCUCGAUACCAUCAGCAAUCUCAAGAAGCUCAUCAUCUCCAGUGGCAAAAAGCCCUAUCUGAUCUCAGUCGGCAAGCCCAAUCCAGCCAAGCUCGGCAACUUUUUGGAGAUUGACUGCUUCGUCUUUGUGGCGUGCCCCGAGAACUCGCUGAUCGACUCGCGCGAGUUCCUGCGGCCUAUUUUGACGCCAUUCGAGCUGCUCAUAGCCCUCGGAAGCGGGAAGGAGUGGACGGGUGCAUACGAAACCGACUUUGGAAAGGUCGUGGACGAGAUCGGCGACCAGGCUCGUCUCAAGAUGCAGCAGCAUCAAGGAAGCACCCAGUCUGAAUCCCGUGCGGCGGGGCAGAAUAACGGCAGCGACGCCGACGCCGACCCAGACGCUCCUCGGUUUUCGCUCAUCACCGGAGGCUACGUUCAGGAUACAAAGUAUGUUGCAGCCUCGAGCGACGACUCGACCGACGGCGCCGGUGCGGUUGCCCUGCGCAACAACAGCGGCCAGGUCUCGACCGUCGUCGCCUCCGUCGCAAGCCUGUAUCUGAACGAGAAGCGGACCUUCAAGGGUCUGGAAGUGCGUCUUGGUGAGACUGAAGUUGCCAAAGUGCAGGAAGGACGUGACGGCAUUGCGCGCGGAUACAGCGCAGAAAGGACGCUGUGAACUCGGCGGAUCGACAGCAAUGUCUGUCCAUGAGCCGACACGGGACGUUUGUCACUGCUGCUUUAGUGCAAUCGCAUGGAUAUGCUGCAAAGGGUGGCUUGUAUUCAGGACCCAGAAUAAAACGACAGGCCUGACU